UAGAUAUAUUAGUUGUGUGGACAAGAGCAGACACUAUAUAAGUGGCUGGUUCUUUGACUCCGGAGACAGUUUGAAGCGCUAGAUUGUGUUGCCAUGUCUGCCUUACAAAUAUCCCUGUUUGUUUUAUGCGGGAGCCUGCUGUAUGUGUCCGGAAAUUCACAAAUGGAUGAUAAAGCUUUAUCAGAGUCCCUCCUGUGGUCACAACUUAAGCAGAUCUCCACAGCACCGCUUUCACAGCCAUCGGGGGUGUUAUCGUCCUUUGUAAAGAAUGGCGAGCCUGUGGUCGGCAAACGUGGAUUUGAUUCUAUUGGACACAACAACCAUUUUGGAAGCUCGUCACGUGGUAUGGGAAGGAACACUUCCGGUGACGACGAUAACCUCGUUUUCACCUUCGAGUCUUUGUUUCCGGCUAUUGCCAGGCAGCUGAGAAGCCGGGGUCAAUGAAAUGUGUGUGGUGCUGUGAACUGAUCUCCACAGAAACACUCUGGACAAAAUAGCAUGCACUGGAAAGUUAACAAGUACAACGGUUUCAUAAUUAUUAAAACGCUUCAGCUUGACUGUAUCGCGGGAACUGUCCAUCAUCCAAGGGUUAACGUACAUUGUAUUGAAUCAGCGUAUAUCAUGUGUACGAUGUGUAACUUAUCUCUGUUUACGAGGAUUUGUGGUGUAUUGUGAGAACGUUAAUAAAUAUUCUCGACCAUUA